UACAGGAAGCCUCAUAGUGAUUUGUCAGAAUCCUCUUCCAGAUAUUUUGGUUAGCUUCUUAAGAAAACUCUUCUUCCUUUUAGGUAAAUGGAAGUGCUGGAGACCAGUUUAUUCCAGACACGGAAAGCACACAGAAUAGAACAAAUGGUGGCAAGAUGGCUCAGGCGCUCCCGGGACAGCUCGGCCCGGGCUACAGAUGCUGCAGCUGAUGGACCCCCUGGGAUCCCAACCCAGACCAUCAUCCCUGUGAAACACACAGUAAAAAUAGACAAAGACGAUCUCCUCCAGGACUAUGGAUUUCAUAUUUCUGAGACCCUUCCCCUCACAGUGGUGGCCGUCACAGCAGGAGGCUCCGCUCAUGGCAAGCUUUUCCCUGGUGAUCAGAUCCUCCAGAUGAACAACGAGCCUGCUGAAGACCUUUCCUGUGAACGAGCGGUCGAUAUUCUGAGGGAAGCUGAAGAUUCUCUUUCAAUCACAGUUGUUCGCUGCACAUCGGGAGUCCCCAAGUCCUCCUUCCUAACGGAGGAGAAGCGAGCCAGGCUGAAGACCAACCCCGUGAAGGUGCACUUUGCAGAGGAAGUGCUCGUCAGUGGACACGGCCAGGGUAAUUCUCUGCUGUGUAUGCCCAACGUGCUCAAGGUGUACUUGGAGAAUGGACAGACCAAAGCUUUCAAGUUUGAGGCACACACGACUGUGAAGGACAUCAUCCUCACGGUGAAGGAGAAGCUGUCGAUCCGAAGUAUGGAGUACUUUGCGCUGGCCCUGGAGGAGCAGUACAACAUCUCACGGCUGCACCUGCUGCACGAGGAGGAGCUCAUCCAGCAGGUGGUACAAAGGGAAGAGUCACAUGACUACCGCUGCCUCUUCAGGGUGUGUUUUGUUCCCAAGGACCCCCUGGACCUCCUGAAAGAAGACCCAGUAGCCUUUGAAUACCUCUAUCUGCAGAGCUGCAGCGAUGUGCUCCAGGAGCGCUUUGCCGUGGAAAUGAAAUGCAGCUCUGCGCUCCGGCUCGCGGCCCUGCACAUCCAGGAGCGGAUCUACGCAUGUGCCCAGCCGCAGAAGAUCUCUUUGAAAUACAUAGAGAAGGAUUGGGGAAUAGAGAACUUUAUAUCUCCAACUUUGCUACGAAACAUGAAAGGAAAAGACAUCAAGAAAGCCAUUAGCUUCCACAUGAAGAGGAACCAGAAUUUGCUGGAACCCAGACAGAAGCAAUUUAUUUCUGCUGCCCAGCUACGUUUAAAUUAUCUACAGAUCCUUGGGGAACUCAAGACAUACGGUGGGAAAAUCUUUAAUGCUACUUUAAUGUUACAGGAUAGAGAAUCCUACGUUGCCCUUCUAGUUGGAGCCAAGUAUGGCAUUAGCCACAUUAUCAACAGCAAACUCAACAUCACGUCCACGUUGGCAGAGUUUGCAAACAUCAGUCAUGUAGAGCUGACAGAAGAGUCUGAGAAAGUGAGCAUGGUCAAAGUGCAUCUUCAGGACAUCAAGGUUCUGACUUUGCUGCUGGACUCCAACAGUGCAAAAGACCUAGCCUGCCUGAUUGCUGGGUACUACAGGCUAUAUGUCGACCCAGUUACCUCCGUUUUCCUCUGGCCGGGAAACAAACAACAGGUGCACCGGGUAUCCGCUGAAGAAGGCUACGAAUCCAGGGCAUGCAGUGACUCCGAGGAGUCCUCUGAAGUGGACUGUGUGUUGGAGAUCCUCUCUGACAGACACCUGCUGAAGCUGGGCCCCUGCAGACCACUUGUAGAAGAGGAGCAGCCUCCUGGGGACAGCUCCACGCCUGAGGUGGCCGGGAAAGGCCCAAGCACCUGCGGGGCCAGCAGCAAAACAGACAGUGCUGAGUCUGAGGCAUCGGACUCGGCCAACACUGAGAGCCGAGGCUGCAGGACCAGUGGCUCAAGCGAGUCCAUGGAUGCCUUGGAAGAGGAUGACCUGGACGCCUGCUCCUCCAGCAGGUCCGGCUUCUUCCACCUGGGCUCAGUAGGCUUCCCAGAGAAUCUUGAUUCUGACAGCCAAGAGGAGAGAAGCAGGAUCGAAACCAGUGGCUUUCUCUGUCUCCUGGACCUGGCUCACAGAGCCAACCCUGAGUGCCAGAAGACAGAGUUUUCUGAGAGUCCCACUCCUGAGACCUUCAGCUGGGGACCAGAACUGAGUGCGGUCAGGCUGGACCCCAGGAUGUACGAGGGCAGCCAGAUUGACUACUACAACCUGUGCGCCAAUGUCUCCCCCGCCAGCCACCUGAGCGACAGCUCGGACAGCACAGCUUCCCGGCAGGGUCGGGGCCUGGCAGCCUGGGCCCAGCAGGGCGGGCCUGAGGCCCAGCCCAGCUCCACGCUGCAAGUGCUGGCCCCAUGCCUGCCGCUGGCCUUGGAGGAUGGCAGUUCGGAUGAGGAAUACUAUGAUGCAGCUGACAAGCUCACACCCCCAGAUGCCUUCUCAGGGCUCAGAGCUGCUUCUGCUGCAGAAACCAGUGCCACAAGCUCACAGAAUAAGGCCAGCACUUGCAGCCCUGAGGACAGCCUGAAUCCUGGGCCAGGUGGAAGAGAGCCACACAGAAGGGGAGGGGUGAAGAAGUAUGCCAAGACCCUGAGGAAAAGAAGGUCUUUCCUACAGACCGACUACACCUGUCAGGUCUCAUUUCCCCUGAUGCCAUCAGCCUCCCUGGAGAGCGUGGACGACGUGUGCUACUAUGACCGGGAGCCUUACCUGGCCCUCAGUGCACCCUCCCCAACUGUGUCCUGUCUGCAAGACGUGCAGGGUGAGCCUGGCCUCCUGGAGACCAAGGCCCUGGGGCUGCUGGCUCCCCUGAGGGAGACCAAGAGCAAAAACCCAGCCUCCCGGGCCAUGGAGAUGGAGCCUGAGACCAUGGAAACCAAGUCGGUCAUCGACUCUCGAGUGUUUUCAAUUUCUGCCAUUCGCCUCCGGAUUGACCCCAGCCAUAAAGAGAAUUCUGGAAUUGCCCCUCUGACUGCCAGUGUUGCCAAUUCCCCAGCAAACACUCCUCACAGUCCCAACCCAGGCUCAUCUGGCUCAGAUACGGCUCAGGUAGGGCUUCCCCAGACCUUAUCUCCAUUUCAAGACUCAGAUGGCAGUGCCCCCCGAGAACUUGCCAUGGAGCUUGGGGACAGCACCUCCUCCCUCUCCAGUGCUGACUUGAACCCAGACAGAAUCUGCCUGACCAUCAGCCCAGGGCCACAUAAUAUCUCUCAAGGAGACACACUAGAGCUGGGAGGAGUCCAGAUAGAAAGAGGACUGGGAUCUCUGUUUACAAAUCAUAUGCAAGAAACUGCCCCCCAGGACACAGGGUCUCUGUUGUCUCCUCGAGACAGGCCUAGAAGUGGUGAAUGUGGAAUAAAUUCAGAAGAGAAGAUGGCUUCUUUCCCUAUGAAGGAGGAGCAGCAAGGACAACUAUCUUUGGAACAUGAUAGAGAAGUUACGAACAAAAAUGGCACCAACUUAUUUUGUGAUGAACCUGAGAAGGAUCCAGGUGACCCCAAGGGUGACGUGUUGAAUGCUGUUCCACAGACUAUUGGUGUCAGUGCUCCAGCUGGUGGCAUGGUAGCCUCCCUCUCCUUGGAGACUCCUGUAACAAGGACUGAACAGACCCCACCACAUUCCCCCAGAGACCCCCAAGGACAAAGCAGAGAAACCCCAGGCCAAGCCUGCCAGGCCCAAGAACAAAAACUAUUGGCAGAGCUGGAUUUAGACCUGGAUUUCUUGCUUAGGGACCAGACCAUUUCAUCAGCUUUCCCUCUGGAGGAGGUCAAGGCAGAGCCACCUAACCAUGUGAUAGGGGAAGAUACCACCCCUAGGGACACUCCUCAGCAGGUCUGUUUGAAUCCAGGGCCUUCUCUGCCAGAGCCACUACCGUGUUCCCAAGAGGAGCCCCACUUAGAAGGUUCAAAUCAUUGUUCACUGCCAGAAGGCAAAGACAAAAGCCCUAGAAUGUGCCUUCCUAAUGAGAAGUCUUUCCUGUGCUUUGACCCAGAAAGCUAUCCUAAAGUUUCUGCCAGUCUCAGGACGGCCACGUCUUCGGGGUUUGCAGGUGUGAAUGAGACUGUGGCCCCUAGGACUGGGAUGGAGCAGUGCAGCUGUCAGUUCUCCUAUGCCAUGUGCUUCCGUGGCCUGCAGCCAGAGAUGGAGGAGGAAGACAGGGGCCUGGAAGCACACCCCACAGCCCCCCUCACCUCACCACCCUCUGCAGGCCAGCUGGCCCUGCCCUGGAGACCUGCCUGGGCCCACAGCUGCAGCACUGAGCCCCUGUCGAGGAACAGCCACAUCUGGCCAGAGUACUGCACCAGGGCUCUGAGACAGCUGAAAGCUGCCCCUGCCAGCACCCCCGAGGGCUUCAUCCAGCUCACGGAGAGCUUGCUGGAAUUACAGGACAUUUUAGAAGCUUCCUGGGGAAAUGGGAACACGCACCCUCCCGAGAAGUGCACCUGGCACUUUUCUGAAAGCCGGAGCCACCUCUGCAUGGGCUCCCAAAAGCUCCUGUUGAGCUGUCAGCACGUGAUCAGAAUGGACCAGUCCCCCGAGGAGAUGCAGGGUGCUGUGCGCGACACCUUCCAGCACCUGGUCCAGCUGGCCGGCCUGUGCUUCCAGUUCACAGCCUGCAGCCGCUGCUCCACCCGACACAGAGAGGCAGCGGGGAACCUGAGGGAUGUGGUGUACACCUACCACCAGUUUGUGGAGGCCGCUAAGCUGACCUGCGAGAGAGGCUACCAUGACCUGAGUGUGAAACUCUUGGCCCGUCAGUGUACAGCCCUCACAGCCGCUGUAUUCUGUUUGACCCAGAAGUUCUGGUUCUCCACUGCCCUGUGAGCAGGCCAGUUGCCCAGACCCCCUGCCCUGCCUUGGACACUUCCCUGAGCAGCUCCUACCAUUCCGCUGCCCACCCCUCUCAAAUGUUUAUUAUUUAGAGUGUUCAAAUAAACUGCUGCUUAAUCUUUGCCUGAAUCAUACAGAGUGAUGACAAGUUUGGGUCAAAAGCAUCUGCUCAUAUUUGUUCAACAAACAUUCACUGGCUUAUUCAUAAAGAUGAGUAAGA